ACAACAGCAACUUAGCCCCGCCCUGUAGAAUUACGUGGUGAGUCACGUCAAUAUUUUACACCGACCCGUCCCUAUUCAGCAUCGGGUAAAACAGCAGUUAUCAGAAAUUUUCGAAUGAUAUCAACAUAGAUCAUCGGGACAUUUCGGAAACGAGCUAUAUGUUCUGGAGCAGCGCCGAGUGUUAUUCAUAAUCAGGGAUCGGAGUACGUGUGUAUUGUGAGGUGAGCGACAGAUUCGGUAAACGCACGCAUACCAGGGUCGUGUUCAGGCGGCGGCCAUUUUGGAAACACGGUGAGUUCAACCUACGAUUAUAAAUCCAUAAUAACUGUCGCAGUUUGUGAGCUGGUCCAUUUAUUAUACGGAAGUUGACACUUGGGAACAGACAUAUCGAAAAAAUGGCUGAUGAACGACACCGUUUAGUUUUCAUGGCAAAAGUCACGGAACAAGCUGAACGAUACAACGAUAUGGCCGAGUACAUGAAAACACUCGCCAUGAAGUUGCCUCUGGACUUCCCGGAUACUACCGAGGAAUACAAGGCUGCUAAAGAAAACGGGACGUCAACUGAAAUCUUGCUUGAUGACGAACGUAAUCUCCUGUCUGUGGCGUACAAAAACAUCGUGGGAUCACGCCGUAAUGCUUGGCGAGUCCUCGAAUCGUCCGAACACGGUCAGCAGUGUAAAUUGGACAACGGACAGACUCAAGCAAAAGACCUACAGAUAACAGAAAAAAUAAAAAUUUGUAAAGAAUGCAAAACUGUAGUGGAAGGAGAGUUGAACGCGAUAUGUGAUGAGGUCACUGAAUUGUUAGAUAAUUAUCUCAUUAAAAACGCGGACGCUGGAGGCGCCGAAUCCAAGGUCUUCUACCUGAAAAUGAAGGGGGACUACUUUCGCUACAAAGUUGAAGUAGCUUCAGCAGAAAACCGCGAAGAACUUUCUCUAAAAUCUGAAGAGGCUUACGAAAAGGCUUGGAAUACUGCAACCUCAUCACUGAAGCCUACACAUCCUAUCAGGUUAGGGUUGGCUUUGAACUUUUCUGUAUUUUACUAUGAAAUUAGAAACGAGCCACAAAAAGCACGAGAAUUGGCUAAAGAUGCAUUUGACAAGGGCAUUCAGGAUAUGGGAGAUGACAAGGAGCAGUCGAAUACCUACAAAGACAGCACGCUCAUCAUGCAACUUCUCAGAGACAACCUGGCGCUAUGGACCAGCGAAUCCGGCGAGAAUGAUGACCAGCAAGUGGAAGAUGAGAACUGAUGGAAGUACCAGAAGCUGCUUAUAAACUUCACACUUGCUAUUUAAUAAUUUUCUCAUCAGAAAACAGUAAAAACCUCUAUAGAAAAGACUUAUUUUACUUUCAAACUUAAGUAUUAAAACAACCGUAUAGAAAUCUAAUUUUAAGCUAGUUCAAUCUGAAGUUUGAAUAUGAUAUAUAUAUAUUAAUGUAUAUGCAAUUAUGUUUUGAAAUGGUUGUUAUUGACUGUCGGACAUAUAUAUGAUAGCCUUUAAAAACCUAUCAUGAUUGUCUACUGAAGAAAAACAGAACUUUUGAACUGUAUUGUGCAAAUUUUGCAUGAAAUAGUACCGUUUUAUUUAUAUGCGUGCACAAAGUUCUGUUGAUUGGUUAAAACCUUAUGGUAAUUGAUUUGAUUGUUAUAGUACUUGGACCAAAAGUAUGAAGAGAAUUUUGUGUGUGUUGUAUUUGAUCUUGUAGCUCAAAGUCACAUUUUGGGAAAUUCAGAAAUUAGAAGCUAUAUAUAUAUAUAUUUAGAGAUGGAAAAUGUGUAUAAUGGUCACAUGAAAAAUUCAUAUGAUCAUAUUAUAUGGAUUCUUGACAUGGCUUUUUGACUCCAUGAAAAUCAAUGAAUUCAUAUAUAAUUGAAAAAAUGUCAUUAUUUACCCGAUUAAUUUAUGGAGAGGAAAUGUGUUAGUUUAUUUACAAGAAAAUAGUUACAAAGCUUAAAAAAUUAUGCUGAUGAUACUGAGGUAACACCAAUAUAUUUUUAUCAUGUUAUGUAAAAUUUAGAAAUACUAACUGAAGGAAUGUGUCCAUCUAUCUUUAAUUCACUGGUAAUUGUCAUGCAAGCACGGCAAAUAGAGUGGGCCUCCCGAAAGAGCUAGAGCAAUUUUGCAAAUUAAAAAAAAAUUAAAGGAAUAUAUAAUUUCAGAUGAAUACACAAUUUAAUUCAUUUAACAUACUUGUAAAAAAACCAGUGUGACUUUCAUGUCUUGUACCUAAUUUACUUAGGUCAAAGUUCAUAUGCAUAUAAUUGUGAUAAUCAUACAUGUGACAGUGUUUUGGUGAUUUGUUUUAUUUUUUUUUGUUGUUUAUGUGAUGUCUGCCCAACUAGAUUACUAUUUAAUUAGACUAAUUUUUUUUUAGUAAUUUCAAUUUUUUUUUUCAUUAUGGACCAAUACAUUUUUAAUGACAUCAGGAAAAAAGUUUAUUCAAAACACACCAUUACUUAAUAUGGAUAAAUGUUUCAGCAAUAUGCAUGUUGAAGUACCAGUGGAGGAUGUAUACUACUGUAUUAGUAACACUAUUUUAACAUGUUGUGGUGCCCUACAUCACACUAGAGAUUACAUACUGCAAGUAUAUUAUACAUUUAUCAUUAUUAAUGUAUCAUUUUUUUGUCAUUAAAUUUGAGAAAUCUGU